AUGCUUCUUCGUCGUGGAUACAAGCUCCUCAACAUUGUGAUUUCUAUAUGUUUGAUCGGUUUCAUAUUUGUGAUCAUGAAAGGGCCGUCCCCAGAAUCUAUUAUGCGGGAAUCGCCGUCGUUCCCUUCAGUUCCUGAUGUUCAUACCCAAGUGAUGAAAGAGAUAGAAGCAGAGUUGGUCAAUGAAACCAUUCCCGACUAUGAAGCUGAUCAAGAUAUCUCAUUAUGGCAUUUUCAAACUACAGGUGCUAACUUCACUAUUUCUGGUCAAGACAUUGUAACUUCGGUUAACUUCUUGAACGAGAACUUUGAGAUCCUAAAUCUUGCUAGGUUCGGUCCUGUUGAAGGCGUCAAAUUCGUCAUUGUGAUCCAGGUUCACAACCGAUCCAACUAUCUUGGAUACCUCAUUGAGUCGUUGCGAAGUGCAAAAGGCAUACAGGAUGCUCUGCUCGUGUUCAGUCAUGAUAUCAAUGUUGCUGUAAUCAAUGAUAUGAUCAGGAAUAUCACUUUUGCUCGGGUAAGCGUACAUUUUCUGCUACUUACGUUCCUAUUUAUUCAUAGUUUUCUGUGCAAACGUUGUAUAAUGGUGCUGCAUUCUUCAUGAGA